AUGUCACUAAUACGAAAACGAGAACUUGUCAUCAAUGAUGAAGACACACAUCAAGUUAAGCGACAAGCAACCCCAAUCACUUCAACCACAGCCAAGUUGAUUGCCAAACUCUAUAGUACUCGAGGGGCACCCACCAUCAAUAUUCCCAACCAGUCCACCUGUUUCCUAGGUCGCAGUAAAGCUUGUGAUGUAAACUUACAAGGAGCUGACGUUUCCUCCAAGCAUUGUCAAUUGGAUCGCAUAACUUCCGAAAGCCAGGACAAGACGCGUGAGUAUUUACAAUUGACUGAUUUGAGUUCAAAUGGAGUCUAUGUUAAUGGUGAAAAGAUGGAUCGUGGUUCCAGUGUUGUUUUGAAAACGGGGGAUAAAUUACAAUUUGCAAAGACUGGGGGUAUAUAUAUCUUUCGAUAUACUUUUGAUAUCAUCAAUAAUGACCCAUCGGCAUCAUCGUCAUCAUCACCACAAGAGGUUCCAUCCGUUGAUGCGCUGCUGGGUGUCAAAAAGUCAUUUAAGAGUUCAUUUUUUGAUGAUUACAUUCUUGGCAAACAAUUGGGUACGGGCCACUAUGCCAUUGUUCGUGAAGCCAAAAACAAACAGACGGGCCAAACAGUAGCAGUUAAGAUUUUCCACCCAAACAAGACCAACUCUGCAGCACAAGAUGCCAAACUACAACAAGAAAUGAAUUUACUUCUUUCGAUAAAUCAUCCCAAUAUUGUUCAAUUUGUUGGGCAUUAUAUCGAACCAAACAGUAAAAACUCGGUCAAUACCUAUUUGGUGUUGGAAAAAGUCAAUAAUGGUGAAUUAUUUCAACGUAUAGUAAACAAACAAAGACUACGAAGUGAUGAAACAAGAGCCAUUUUUAAGCAAUUAUUGAGUGGAUUGAAAUAUUUACAUGAUAAUAAUAUAAUUCAUCGUGACAUCAAGCCGGAAAACAUCUUGUUGGAUAUAACGAGGCGUAGUGACAUUAGUCAUGGUCAACAGAACCAACUAGAAGAAAAACAAACGGGGCCCUGGGAUCCUGAUGAACUUGAUUUACGUGUGAAAAUUGCCGAUUUCGGACUAGCUAAAUUCAUUGGCGAGUUGAAAUUCACAAACACAUUGUGUGGUACCCCAGCAUAUGUAGCUCCCGAGAUUUUGAAAUAUGAUCGCAAUUAUUCAACAAAGGUUGAUCUUUGGUCAAGUGGCGUGUUGUUGUACGUAUGUUUAAGUGGAUUUCCGCCAUUUAGUGAUGAAUUGGCACCACCAAACAUGAAGGAGCAAAUCUUGAGUGGGAAGUAUGCGUUUUAUUCACCAUAUUUUGAUGAAGUUGAUGAUGUUGUUUUGGACUUGAUUACGAAAUUGUUGAAGGUUGAUCCUGAAGAACGGUUUGAUGUUGAACAAGCAUUGAAUCAUGAAUGGUUUCAGGACUAG